AUGGGGGGCUUUGAGGAAGAAUUAGACAAUUUUUCUUCAUACCCCAGCCCAGCAAGCAAAUCUGAGGAAGCAGCCAAAGCAGCUGCUACAGAGAGGAAUGAUUAUGGUGCCUCAGAGAACAGUAAAACCUGCAGCGACUCAGUGGUAUCCAGACUGAGAUCACACUUGAGGACCAAUACAAAAUCCGAUACAAAUUCUACCCAAGCAAAGGAGAUCAGUGAAUGCCAGGCAGUUAAAGACAAUGUCAGUGAACAUCAGCAGACAGCCCAGAGUGACAUGAAGCAAAAAGAGGGACGUGUGCUUACCAGUCAGGUCUGGAUGCCAACAGAUUCACUUAGUGCCUCACCUCAGGCUUUCUCCACUGGAUCUCCUGAAGAUGUAGCACGGAAAAAGAACCAGUGCAGUAAGUGUGGCAGAGUCCUUAGCAAUGCCUCUGCUUUGGAGAACCACUGGAGACUCCACACCGGUGAGAGACCAUACGUGUGCAACCAGUGUGGGAAGGCUUUUCCCAGUGUCCGAGGUCUUAACCGGCAUGUGAAAGUCCAUGCGGAGGAGAAAAGGUACCAGUGUGAGGAGUGUGGGAAAAGCUUUGUCUACCACUUCACUCUGACUAAACACCAACUCAUCCAUUCUGGAGAGAAGCCAUUCGCUUGUAAGGUCUGCGGUAAGAGGUUUCUGGCCAAGGCAGAUCGGACAACCCACAUGCGCAUGCAUACCGGGGAGAAGCCAUUCAGCUGCAGUCAGUGUGGAAAGAGUUUCAAACACAGAGUUGCACUGAACAUGCACAUGCAAGGCCACAGAGGGGAGAAAAGAUACAAUUGCCCGCAUUGUGGUAAGGGUUUCGUGGACGUAGGCAACUUCAAAAGACACAAACGCAUCCACACUGGAGAGAAACCAUACGAGUGCAAGGAGUGUGGUAAACGAUUCACCCAGUCUGCUCACCUCAAGAAACAUGUAAAAACACAACACAUCUAG